AUAUCAUAGUUAUAGAGUUUCGUCUUUAUUCACAUAAUCCACCGAUCCCUCUAAUUUCCACAAACCAUUUAUUAUUAUUAUUAUUAUUAUUAUCCAUACCUCUAUGGCUGAAGCCGGCGACGAGAAUCUUUAUGCAGCCGCCAGAGACAUCGCCAGAGCUCUCGGCAAGGACCCUAGCGCCGCCGGUGACAUCUUACAGAUUCUCUCCGGCUACGGCGCCACAGGAAACACAAGCAGCAACUCUCGAGCCAACGCAUCCCGCGUCGGCGGCGCAUACCUCAACCUUGACCGAUCACUUAACUCCUUAGAGACACAGAUCUCCAGCUACAUCGUGGAGGAUCGACCGAUCUGGUCUGAUCCCGUUGACUCGCGGAAUUUUCUCGACGCCGUUGAUGAGCUGAUUUCGAUGGCUGGAGACAUGAGAUCCAUGGCCGGAGAUAAAUCAGUCGCUAUAUGUCUCUCCCGUGCCGAUGAGCUGAUUCAACAAGUGAUGUUUAGGCUUCAGGAGGAGUUUGGUUAUGUAAUGGACCGAGCCUCCGAGUCGUUUGACUCUGACGACGAGUUCUCCGGUGAAGAAGACAACGACAUAGGCUACGGUGUCCAAAGCCAACAGGUUAUCGUUGCCCGUCCGGUGACUGACUACAAAAUCGUGAUCGAGCCGUUACAAUCUAGCGUUAUUGGCGAUCUAAACGCGAUCGCCGUGCGGAUGGUCGCUGGUGGAUUCGGGAAAGAGUGUUCACGAGUCUACAGCAGUCGACGGAGAGAGUUCCUAGAGGAGAGUCUAUCGAGGUUACAUCUGAGAGGUCUAAGUAUGGAAGAAGUCCAAGAGUCUCCGUGGCAAGACCUUGAAGACGAAAUCGACCGUUGGAUCAAAGCCGUUACAAUGGUGUUCCGCGUUUUCUUCCCUAGCGAGCGUCUUCUCUGCGACCGCGUUUUCUCCGAUCUUCCCGUCUCAUCCGUAACCGAUCUAUCCUUCAUGGAAGUCUGUCGCGGGACGACCACACAGCUUUUGAAUUUCGCAGACGCGAUCGCUCUAGGGAGCCGUUUGCCUGAACGCUUGUUUAAGGUUAUGGAUUUAUACGAAGCGGUUCAAGACCUGAUUCCAAGAAUGGAAACGCUGUUCUCUAAUAAAUACUGUUCGCCGCUGAAGCACGAGGCGGUUGCGAUUCAUAAACGGUUGGGCGAAGCGGUUAGAGGGAUAUUUAUGGAGCUUGAGAAUUUGAUCCGUCGUGACCCUCCCAAAACCGCGUUUCCUGGCGGUGGGAUUCACCCUAUCACACGGUACGUGAUGAACUAUCUUCGUGCGGCGUGUAAAUCGCGACAAUCCUUGGAGCAGAUCCUCGACCAUACCGGGAACGAUGCCGGAUCAGAGACGAGACCUUUGUCCGUGCAACUCAUAUGGGUUUUGGAGUUGUUGGAGACUAACUUGGAAGGCAAGAAAAGAACGUACCGUGACCCGCCUUUGUGUUUCUUGUUCAUGAUGAACAAUGGUAAGUAUAUUCUUGACAAGGCCACGGAUAACGAGCUUGGUUCGAUCCUAGGAGAAGACUGGAUCGUCAAGCAUGCAGCGAAGCUGAGGCAAUACCACUCUAAUUUCCUAAGGAGCUCGUGGAACCAGGUCGUGGCGUUGCUUCGGACCGAGAGUCCUUAUCUUAUGUUGAUAGAGAAUCUUAAACUGUUCAAAGCCCGGUUCGACGAAGUGUGUCUUAUGCAAUCUCAAUGGGUUGUUACUGAUGAGCAACUGAGAGAGGAGUUGAGAAGCUCCAUCGCCGGCAUUGUGUCUCCGGCGUACUCAAGUUUCGUCGGAAGAUUGAAGGCGUCGCCGGAGAUUAAUGGGAGGCGUGGGGAGCCGUUUAUUGCGUAUACUGUUGAAGAUUUGGAGUUGAGGAUUAAGGGGUUGUUCAAAGAACGCUAAAGUUGAUUAAAUUUCAUAUGAAAAAAGAUUAUUAAUCUUAAAUUCUGUGACAUUGUGAAUCCUGUUAAUUAAAUAUUGUUUUAUUUUGUUUGGUGAA